AUGCACGCUUCCACCAUCGCAGCUAUCUUGGCAUUCACUGCUGGCAUGAGUGUCAACGCCGCGCCGGUCGUCGGUCCCCAAGUCAUUUCCAACACCCAGCCCACUGAGCUUCAUACGAUCCUUGGCCAUGCUGAAGCUGACCACAAAGUGAGCGAGCUCGCCAUCGACGAAGUUAACACCCAGCCGCUUACAACGAGGGACCCCGAGGCUCGCAUUGGCAAGGGAGGAGCUGCUAAGGGUAUCGCUGGUGGCAUUGGUGCCAUCGCUGAUGGCCUCACUAUCAGUUCAAUCAUUGGAGGACAGCAACAGCAAAAGAGAGACGCCCGCAUCGGAAAGAGUGGUGCUGCCAAGGGUGUUGGUGGCGGUCUCGGUGCCCUCGCUGAUGUAGUCACCAUUGGCGGACUUAUUGGAGGUCAGCAGCAGCAAAAGAGAGACGCCCGCAUCGGAAAGAGUGGUGCUGCCAAGGGUGUUGGUGGCGGUCUCGGUGCCCUCGCUGAUGUAGUCACCAUUGGCGGACUUAUUGGAGGUCAGCAGCAGCAAAAGAGAGACGCCCGCAUCGGAAAGAGUGGUGCUGCCAAGGGUGUUGGUGGCGGUCUCGGUGCCCUCGCUGAUGUAGUCACCAUUGGCGGACUUAUUGGAGGUCAGCAGCAGCAAAAGAGAGACGCCCGCAUCGGAAAGAGUGGUGCUGCCAAGGGUGUUGGUGGCGGUCUCGGUGCCCUCGCUGAUGUAGUCACCAUUGGCGGACUUAUUGGAGGUCAGCAGCAGCAAAAGAGAGACGCCCGCAUCGGAAAGAGUGGUGCUGCCAAGGGUGUCGGUGGCGGUCUCGGUGCCCUCGCUGAUAUAGUCACCAUUGGCGGACUUAUUGGAGGUCAGCAACAGCAGAAGAGAGACGCCCGCAUCGGAAAGAGUGGUGCUGCUAAGGGUGUUGGUGGCGGUCUCGGUGCCCUCGCUGAUGUAGUCACCAUUGGCGGACUUAUUGGAGGUCAGCAACAGCAAAAGAGGGAAGCACGUGUAGCUAAGAACUUCGGCAACGCAGCAAAGGGCAUCGGUGGUGGUGUCGGUGCCAUCGCUGAUGUAGUCACCAUUGGCGGACUCAUUGGAGGUCAGCAAAAGAGAGACGGCGAGGUAGCUCAGCCAGUAGCGAGGGGAGAGCGCAAGGUGAUCGGAAAAGCCCCAGAGGUCGAGGUCGGAUGUAUCUCUAGCGAGUUGGGAUGCACCCACCGGAUCAUCGGCGCUCAGUAA